CAUCGUGGGGUAUUUAUAAAACCAAUGUUUGUGCAGCGUUAAAAUUACAUCAGAAACCAUAUAUUGUUACGAACACCACACGUGUCCAGUUUGCCCUUGUAGAUAGUAUUGGAUUAGAACUUUCUAUAUAUAUAUAAAACGGAAUAUAGUACAGCAAAAUGAUGUGGCCUUCGUCUCAAGCUAGUAAAAUACUAACGUGUCUCUUACUAAUAAUAGUGGUAUACUGCAUUUAUAUGGAUACGUUUUUGUUUUUGCGGAUACAAAAUUACAAAAUUGACGGAUUCCAAGUCCAGGAGAAUGUGACUGUUCAGGAAUCGUCUACGCGGAAGACUGACAGGGUGCUCCCGAAUUACGAGGAUGUGAUUUGGGUACCGUGUAAUAUAAAUCCGUUAUGCCAUCCCACUGUUAAGGGGCUUAUGGUGGACCAUAUUAACCAUUAUAUCUACGGACCAUUCAGUGCCAUAGUCGAUGUAAGUCUCAGGAUAUCUGACAAGUUGUUAUUCAUCACGCCGAAUAUGAUUUCUUUCUUCCACGUUCUCGUGGCAAUAAUCGGCGGGAAGCUCCUGACUUGCCAGAAUUUGGCAGCUCGGCGGGUCGGGAUCGUGUUAUUUCAAAUCAGAAUGUUUUUAGACGACCUUGAUGGCCAUGUGGCGAGAGAACGAAAGCAUAUUAAAGGCGAGAGGUCAGAAGUCGGCACUUUGGGUUAUUGGGUCGAUGGGGUAUGCGAUUUGAUAGGGGUGAUUGCUAUGAUGACUGGUAUAGUUAUUUAUUUGAAAAACAACCCUCCCAGGCGAGGGUACAAGGGUACUCCAGUCAGCACGCUGCCUUAUCAUCAGUUGAAAGAGAUAAAUUCCAGUGAGGAUAUCGAAAAGGACCACACUGCAGCGGAGAUAGGCAUUUCGUACAAAACUAAAGUGACCUUCCAAAGGAUAGUUCAAGUAUUAGGCUUAUUUUCCGGCCAGAUGGUUCUAUCUUCUCUAGCUUGGAAUAGAUACAUAGAUAUUUACCAGGAUGUGCUUGAGAAUUGUACUGAGUAUGACGUGUUCAAAAGAGAAGCUACGUUUAAAUCUGGUACGUUUUUUAUGGCGACUUUACUGUGGAGGGUUGUGAAUCCUCAUAGCUACUUGCAUUUGCUCUCUUUGGCGGUUUUCUGUGAUAAGACUUGGUGUUUCUUGAAGGCGGUACAUUAUACAGGUUACUUAGCGUUAGUGGUCGCUGUGGGUACAUCAGAGUAUUUGGUCGAGAGCAUCAGGACGUUUGUCACGAGUGGCGUAGAUAGCUCAUGAUAGGUGUAAGUGUUGAUAAGCUGUUACACGUUGACUUAGCUCAGGGUUUCUCAAAGUGGGGUACGCGAACUCCCAUGUGCCAGACUUAAAAUUGUCCAAAAUCUAUAUCUUUAAAAGCGAAAGGUCACUCAUUGACUGACUCAUUCGUCACGAAAUCUCAGAAACUACAAAUGCUAGGGGUCUCAAAAUUUUGCAUGGGGAACCCCCUACCCCCCUUUUAGAACUUAGGUGCUCACUAAGACGGGAUUUUGAAAAAUUUAACCCCUAAGGGGGUAAAACGGGAACCACGCGUACGAAGUCGCGGGCGGCCGCUGGUUACUCCUAAACUUGACUCCAUUUGCGACAAGAAACAGUGCUUGCUUCACUUAACAUUUCUUUGGUAAUUUGUUUUUAAACCUUUUUUUUUUCAAUAGUCAACUUUAUUAUUUUCUUUGGGGGAAGGUAUUUUAAUUUGUUACUUUUAAGGGGUUCAUGUAGUCGAACGUUUGAGAAACCCUGACUUAGUUGGUAAUUUUGCGUCCAUUGUUAUUUACGGAGUUAUGGGAUUCCCAACGGGUUCCCUAUUUAACUGUUAUUGUUUCCCGGAAAGUAUAACCUACUGUUGGAAUUUCGGGACGAUAAAGAAAUUACAUUCGCAUUUUGAUGGGAAUGCCAUUGUUAUUAAUACAAAAGUCUAGUUUGUUAGAUAGUUAAGACAUUGUGGUAUAUUUGGUGCCAUUAACCUAAGUGUAAAGUUCGCUCGUUAACACGUUCACAGUUCAAUCAAAUUAGUGUAAAAAGGGUGACGUUUUUAUUAUUAUCUGUAAGGAAAUGUUUAUAUGUAUAGUAAUCACCAGAUCGACUUUUAUGAAUCAGUAUCGCUUUGUAUUACAAAUAUUAAACAAAUGUAGUAUCAAUCGUAUUUGUAUGAUAACAAAAAGUGUGUUUAUAAAUCUCUCAAAAUAAAAUAUGAAAUUUUCUUCAAAUAGAAAGCUUGUUUCGAAGUAAUAAAGUUGAAAUUAGUACGUUAUUUUGGGUUACGAUGAUGUGCUGUCGAUCGUAUUCAAUCCAAUGCUUUACUUGUGAGUUUCAAAUCUAUUUACUUUCAAUUAAAGAUUUCGUUUUGAAGAAGUAUCUCUCUUAAAUCUAAUAUUAGUUG